CAAGAUGGAUCAUAUGCCCUUAUCCACUGGAUGUUCUAUUUAUAAAAAGAAGAACUUUUUUUGCCAUCUAUCUAGACCCCCCCCAAAAAAAAAUAAUAACACCUCCCUCUCAGGCAGGAAACAGCAUUUCCUACUUAGGAGUAUACUGUCUCUACAUAAUUUAUUUUCACAGUUCACUUGGCCAGAAGAACAGAAGUUCCCCUCACAGGAACUCCACGGGACAAAGCAAGAUGGACAGUGAGACAACCACACCAUUCUACUACCCAGAUUUUGAAGAACCCUGCCAGAAACUUGAUGUGAAGCUCAUAGCAUCACAGCUCCUCCCCCCGCUCUACUCCCUGGUGUUCAUUUUUGGCUUUGUGGGCAAUGCUCUAGUUUUUCUGGUCUUGAUAAGAUGUAAAAAGCUGAAAAGCAUGACUGACAUCUAUCUGCUCAAUCUGGCCAUCUCUGAUUUACUUUUCAUUAUCACUCUCCCAUUUUGGGCUCACUACGCUGCAGACCAGUGGAUCUUUGGAGAUGGCCUUUGCAAGGCACUGACGGGAUUCUAUCACAUGGGUUUCUUUGGAGGCGUCUUCUUCAUCAUCCUCCUGACCAUCGAUCGGUACCUGGCCAUUGUCCAUGCCGUGUUUGCUCUGAAAGCUAGGACUGUCACCUUUGGCAUUUUGACAAGUGUCAUCACCUGGGUGGUGGCGGGCUUAGCUUCCCUCCCAGCAACCAUUUUCACCAAAUCUCAAAAGGAAGGCAUGCAACACACCUGCAGCCCUCAUUACCCAUUAGAUCAAUUUUCUACCUGGAAGAACUUCCAAGCUUUAAAGAUGAAUAUUUUGGGGUUAGUGUUACCCCUCCUUAUUAUGAUCAUCUGCUACUCGGGAAUCAUAAAAACAUUGCUGAGGUGUCGGAACGAGAAGAAGAAACAUAAGGCAGUGAGGUUAAUCUUUGUGAUUAUGAUCGUUUACUUUCUCUUCUGGGCCCCCUAUAACAUCGUGGUUUUCUUGAGCACAUUCCAAGUUUUCUUUGGUCUGAACAACUGUGAUAGCUCCAAGAGGCUGGACCGAGCCAUGCAAAUAACAGAGACAUUUGGAAUGACUCACUGCUGUAUCAAUCCAGUGAUUUAUGCCUUUGUUGGGGAAAAGUUUAGAAGAUACCUCUCUGCUUUCUUCCGCAAAUACAUUGUCCGGCGUUUCUGCAAACACUGUCCCAUUUUCCAUGGGGAGACAUUUGACCGAGUAAGCUCAACAUAUACCCGGUCUACUGGGGAGCAGGACAUUUCUACUGGUCUGUAAAGCAGAUUUAUUAGUGUGUGUGUGUGUGUGUGUGUGUAUGUGGUUUUUUUUAAGUUAAUGGAAUAAUUUGUAUAAAGGUAUUAAAAUAAGUCCUCUUGGUCAGAUUCUUUUAAAAACAGUUUAUAGCCAUGCUGAUUGAAAUGACUCAUUCACUCAUUUCUACAAUCUUUUAUUAAGCAGCCAUUGUAUGCUUUGUACUAGACAUUUUCAAAUCCAUAAAAUCAAAUUCCCAACAAAGCUCAAUGAAACUUGUCGGUGGAAUGUAAUCUCUGAGUUUUGUGUUGUGUCACCUAAAAAUCAAACUAUCAAAAAUAUUGACUAUCUCUUCUGCCUUUAACAGCAUGAAGGAUAUAAAGAAUUAUGAGACAUAGUCCCCUACCCUCAAGGGUUUUACUAUCUAGUUGAGAAAACAUGACAUAAACAGUCAAGAAACAACAAAAAUAAAUAACUUCUGUAUUACUAUAUAUAAGAGAAAGAAUAAGGCAGGUAGAACAUAAUUGAUUGCCCAAAGAAGGAUCUAGACUGGGGGUUCUAGAUUAUUUUUUACAUCAUUGAUCUCUUUGGCCAUAUCUACUGAAGCUCAAAGACUCCUCAUAAUAGCUUUUAAAUGCAUAGAAUAAAGUACAUGGUAUUACAAAAGAAAUUAAUUAUAUAAAAAUAAUGUUAUCAAAAUGUUUAAAAAUAAGUUCUUGGACUCCUAAAUCUAUCGAUGGACCCCUUGGGGAUUGACAGAACCUAGAUUAAGAACCCUAAUCCAGGCCUUGAAUACUAGAGAAGACUAAGAUUUGAGGACUAAUUGGAGGGAUUUAGGGAAGGGUUCACAGAGAAUGGAUUCAAGCUUUGCCUUAAAAGAGAAUUGGACAGGUGGAAAGACGGGUAUUUUAAAUAGGAAAAAGUAUCUGAACAAAAAGUGUAAAAAAGUAUAUGAAAGAGAUGUGUUGGAGAGUAGCAAGGGCAGUUUGGCUGAAGGGCAAACAGAUACGAUCCUAUUAAGCUAUCACCCUCCUCUAAAUGCCCAUCAGUUCUGAUCUCACCUGUGUUGCUCUUGUGUUUCCAUUAUGCCACCUCCAAGCAUCUUGAUUCUCUCAUACCUUUUCUUGUUCCCCUAAAACCACUGCUCACUUAACUGUUUCUUUUGCUUUCCAUCUAUACUAACCUUCUAGCUCAACCUAAACCACUCUGUGGUAGAAGCAGGCCACAAAGAUCAUAGGAAUGAAUCCUAAAACAUUCCAAAGAGGAAUACUUCAGUAUAGACAGAAGAAAAAAAGCUCAAAGAAGAGUCAAGGAAAAAAGAUAGGCAUGAGCUUCAGAGCAAAUGAGUCCAGAGCUGGAAAGGAUCCUAGAAAUCCAUCUCACACUAUGCAAGAGGGAAAAACUGUGAGCCAAGGAAAUGAAACAACUUGUCCCAAAUCAUGUGACUCUUUAGAGACAGAAACAGGAUUCAGAGUUAGACCUUUUGAUCCCGAAUUUACAGCUUAUUCUACUAUUGCAGGCUGUGAUGAAAAGGAACAAAGAAGAAGGAAUUGUCAGCAUAUUGUCUCAUCAAAUAAAACUUGUUGGGUUUUCUAUGGUGAUUUAAAAUGAAACAUCACUCUCAACAGAUUCAGGAGAGUUGUCUUAUGACUUGUCUUAUGACAACAUUUACUUCCAUUGGAGACUGCCAAUAGGAGGACUGAGGAUUCAGAAUUUAUAAUCAAAUAAUAGAUAUAAUCUAUAAUUAGAAUGAAGUGGAGGUGAUGUCGGGAAGAAAAGUUCAAGUUAGAAAGAGAAUAAGUACUGAGAACAGAAGACAGAUCCAUGAAAGGGAAAGAAAGGGAAAAAAGAGAGAGAGAG